AUGUUAAAGCUGAUAAGUACAACUCGGAAGAAUUAUCAUACAUGGUUUCGACUUCAUUCCAAAGCAACCAUUAUUAAAGAAGGUGUGUCCAGAUAUGUGGCCGCAAAUAUGUUCUUUGACGUCGUCGAUGAAGAGGACAAAUUACAUGGCAUGGGCAAAAGUUCACGGUCUUUGAGAUAUGAAAUAUGGUUGAUAUGCCAAAGUUCGUUUGUACUAACAGCCGACGGAACUCGUCCUCGCAUGGUAGUGGCUUCUUCUGACGUUGAUGACCGAGGCGCUCUCGGCAGAUUAAUGAAGCUUGGGCAGAGAUAG